AUGACUGCAACUCCUGAAAUAAGUCUUUCGGCAGCGGUGGCUGGUGAAUUAGGCCAACCAAAACCACGUUGGAUGCCUUUAGAAGGAAAUCCUGAGGUUUUAAACAAAUAUUUGAAAAAUUUGGGUGUUAAAAAUGAUGAUUAUGAAUUUGUUGAGAUCAUUGGCUUUGAUGAAGAUCUUCUUGCAUUUGUUCCUCAACCAGUCUCAGCUGUUCUUUUAAUAUUUCCAAUAACCGAAGCACACGAACAACAUCGAAUGAAAGAAUUCGAAGAAGCAGCACAUUCAGCACCCGAUUGUUCUCAAGCAAUCUAUUUCCUAAGACAAACAAUUGGCAAUGCAUGUGGCUCAAUUGCAGUGAUUCACGCCAUCGCUAAUAAUCUCGAAAAAUUCCAACUUGAUUCUCAUAAACCAUUAGCACAGUUCAUGGAAACCACGAAACUAAUGACACCCGAACAACGCGCUGAACAUUUAAAACAUGCAAUGGACAUGGCAACAGCCAAUGACACAAUCGCUGAAGAAGGAGAAUCAAGAGUUAUCGAUCGAGAAGAACACGUUAAUCUUCAUUUCGUAUGUUUUGUCAGUGUUAAUAAUGAGCUUUAUGAAUUAGAUGGCCGACAUCCUCAUCCCAUAAAACAUUCCGUGAAUUUACAACAAGGACAAGCACUUGAUUUAUUACGCAGUACAAAAGAUGUGAUUUUGAAAUUAAUUGAAAAUGCUGGUGGAGAUAUUCGAUUUGUAAUUGACCUCUGCGCAUUUCAUCGAAUGGAUAUUCUUCAUCGAAACAUGUCAAAGAAAAAUAAAUAA